CAGAACAGUAGAGUUAGAGAGGUCACGUGACCAGGGAAGCAGCGUGCUGCCGGUGUGUCUGACAGCAUCAGGAGCGACAGAGAGCAGAUCUAAACAACAUGCUGUCGUUUGAGGAGCUGAUGACGAGUCUGCAGGACUGUGUGAUCUCCGAGGACCGAACAGCUGGAAACAUCAGCCGGACUCUCGGGCUCUUCACUGAGAAGCUGCGUGAAGCCUCCAGGAGCGGUGUGAAGAGGUGUAAGGAGCGCUGCCUGGAGGAGGCGGUGCAGCUGCUGAGACACACACCUGAGCCUCAGCUGCAGGUGCUGCAGGACACACACCUGCUGCAGCAGCUGGUCAGGCUGCUCAUCUCCCUGCAGCUGCAGAUGGUCCACAUCUCCACAGCCUGUCGCAAAGUGGACCAGAUGUUGCAGCAUUUGGCAAAGGUGGACCAUCAGCUGGUGCUCAGAGAAACCCAUCAGUGUCUGCAGUCUGUAGUCCACAGUGAGCAGAUCUUGUCUCUCGAGGACCUGCAGAGAGCGUGUAUGUUCCUGGAGGACAGCGCCGCUGGUCGUGAGGUGUACAGAGAGUCAUUCCCGUCCCUGCUGAGGAAAGUGUCCGAGCUCUUCCCUCACGUUUUGCGACAGGAAUCCCUCAGAGACGGACCGCUGUGUUACAUCGCUGUCAAGGUGUGUUUGCAGAUGUUCCAGCUGUUGUCCAGUGAAGUGGCCCCUCUGGUGUGGGACGAGGAGCACAGGGGCCCGACGGUGCAGAAGAUCCUGCAGGCUCUCAUGGACAUCAUACUGGGACAGUGCUGCAACAGGGACACUCGUCUUCUGGCCGGCACCGCUGUGGCCAUGCUGGUCAACACGGCACCAGACAGCGGAGCAGGAGAAGCAGCUGCCUGGAGUCUGCUGCAGGUCUCUAACUCAGAGUCGUGGCUGCUGGCCGUCGGUGCUCUCCGGGUGCAGUGCUGCGCUGUCAGCAGGGACGGAGUGGACCGGCUGGCCGUGAGCAGAGGCCUCCUGACCUGCUGUCGACCUCACAUCCUGCUCAGUUCACACGCGGAUGAAACGUGUUUGCUCCUGAAGGGUCUGUUUCCUCUGGUCUGUGCUUUGUGUGAGGAGAAGCUGGAUUGUCUCUACUUUGCCUUUGAAGUAUUAACACUGUGGCUGAGGAGAGUUAAAGAAUGUCUGGCUGAUAUCUGGAAGAUGACGAGCGCUCGGCUUCUGCCUGACGACAGCAGCCUGCAGCGAGAACUCAUUCACAUAAUCUGGACCAACGCAGAGAGCCCAGUGGAAGGUGUGUCGGAGUUUGUGCGCAGCGCCUUCAGUCUGCUGCUCGACAUCUAUAAGAUGGACUGCGAGCAGUUUCGUGACACCGAGAAGCCUCUUUAUUCUGCUCUGCUCCAGCGAAUAAUCAAAGUGCCGUGGGAAGCCAAAGCCAAAUAUCAGCGCCUUUGCACCGUGCUGCCGUACGUGGGCACCGACAUGGUGUUGGAUCAGUACGCCGAAAUGCCAAAUCAUCUGCUGAAGUGCUUGUCGGCCAAUCACCUGUCCCCGUGUGGGUCGGAGCUCUACAGGAGUCUGAUCCAGCAGCAGAGGCGAGAGCUGUGUGAUGGCUCACAAAAGUCGGCUCCUCAUGACGAGCUGGAUCUGGCCAAUCAGUGGGCGAGGCGUUGGCGGGCAGUCCUUCAUGAGGCGCUGACGUCCGAUGUGACUCUCCUGCAGAACAACAGCUCGACACUGUUAUUACCCUGCACCUUUCAGGUCUUCCCCGCUGCUGUUCAUCCUCUGCUGGCCAGUCUGGACCCCUUCGCCCCCGGCCACCUCCACGCCUGGGCCUGCAUCAUGAGCUCCUUUCGGGCCGUGACCGGAGGCUCUCCCUGGGCUCUGCAGGGGAGCUCCACCCUCGACACCCUGCAGCUAGCUCUGGGAUCUGCAGAUGACAAAGUGCGUCUUGCUGCCCUGAACGUUCUCUGCUGCAGCCCGAAGACCAAAGACACUCCAACGGCAGAGGAGAUGUCAAUAAUGAGGACGUUUAUUCCUCAGAACCUCAACUGCGAGUCCUCGCCAUUUCGCCAACAUCUUCAGGCCGGAGUGAAGAGGUUUCUGGUUCGCAUCAGAGACGGCUGCUUGGCGCAUGUCAGGGGACAGAAGAGCAAAAAGAAAGAAGGUGCCAACGACGCAGAGAAGGCACGAGAUAUACUGGAGCAGGGAAUAGGGUUUGUGGAAUGGUUGGGUCAACUCCCGUACGGCUGUCUGGCACCAGGUCACAGUUAUCAGAGGAAGAAGACCGCGCUGCUGUUGCUGUCUGCGGUGCUGGAAACCUGCACAGACACUUGGAGCCCGGACAGGAAGAAAGGACAACCUCCAGCGAAUAUGGCGUCUCUUAUUAACUGUGCCAGACAAAGAGGAUUGUGGGACUUCACCUGCAGGACCAAACAGCUGGUCCUCAUCAGCUGUUUGGAGGAUUCUACAAACGAGAUUCGGGAGCUCUCAGCCGGGUUGUUGUUGAGAUAUUUCCCAGCCAGUUUCCCAGAAGAUAUCGCCGCCGUGCUGCUCACACGAACCAAACAGCUUCUGUGCAGCCCUCGAGUGCAGGAGGCUCAGAUGGGAGCACUGAUGAUGAAGGUCCUCCAUCAGAAAUCACAGGAUCUGCCUGACGACGGCAGUGGAAGUGACACCAGCCUGGUCAGAGCUCUGGUGACGGAGCUGGAGGAACACUAUCUGACAGCCAAGAGUGACAUGCUGCUCGCUGCCAGGACCAAACCUAUCCAUGGAGUUCUGAGUGCACUUCAGAGGAGUCUGCUCGAGACCCCCGGCAGCGUCUACGACACACUCGACCGCCGUCUGACCGACGAGGUGCUCGGCCUGCUGGAGAAGAUCUCUCUGCUGCUGCUGGGCGUUCUGUACGGAGACCUGGAUGCUGGUGCCACUGAAAAAGAUGUCCCCCCUUCUUUCUGUGAUAUGGGAAACGCCAUCAGCUCGCUGAUAGCUGAGGCGUCUGGAGGAGGCCAAGGGGAGGAGGAGGAGUGUGUCCUGCUGUCUGAAGAGCACAGCCUCGUCCUCACCUGCUGCUGGGUCUCCCUCAAGGAAAUAGGAAUCUUUUUAGGUUGUCUGGUGGAGAAAAUUCUCAGUGAAUCCAAGCCGAACAAGUGCCUUCUGACGAAAGAUGAUCUGAUGAGAGUAUCAAAAGUGUUCAAGAAUAUUCUUCUCAAGUGUCGUCAGUGGGGGGCAGUGGAGGGAUGCUGCAUCGGCUUCACCAAGUUCUGUGUCUCUCUGCUGAGCAGCGGGGAUGCAGAGCUUCAGAACAUCCCGGCCGACAUGCUGAAACAAGGGCUACAGGUGGUGCAGUCCCCUCGCUCCACCUCUGUGACCCGGCGGGCUGCAGGGUUGCCUGUGCUCAUCCUGUGUGUCCUGUCAGCAGCAGAGGGAAGUAAAGCAAAACCACUGUUAGCUCACAGUAUCCAAACCUUACUGGAGACGGCUAAAACCCCUCUACCUGAGAGAUGGGACCAAACGCUGGACCUGCCUCAGGUGUGUGCGGUCCACACUCUGCAGGCCCUGGUGCGUGGCUCCGGUCUGGGAGUGGCUGUGCUGCAGUUUGCUCCUGCUGUAGCCAUGUUGUCUCUGACUCUGCUCAGCUCUCCCUGCUGGGCCAUGAGGAACGCCGCGCUGCAGCUCUACAGUUCUCUGUGCUCGCGGAUGCUCGGUCAGCGGCCCAGCAGCGAGGAGUGUGGCCCGGCCCAGCACGGCAUGUCCCCGCUCGCCUUCUUCUUCCACUACCCCGCGCUCCAGCCGUUCCUUCUGGGCGAGCUGAGAGGGGCAGCGCAGGACCUCCAGGGUCCAUCUGAUGAGGCCAAGCUACACCUGCAGCCCUCUCUGUACCCGGUCCUCACUCUGCUGGCACAACUCCAGCCCGGUGUCCAAGACUCAACAGAAACUUUGUCCGACUUCCUGCCUCCUCUGCUGCAGCUGUCUGCCAGCCCGAUCUACGGCGUGAGAGUGAUGGCCUCCAAGGCUUUGGUCGCCAUGACUCCCCCCUCAGAGUACGAGAGCAUCCUCGUCAAACUGACGGCUCAGCUGCCCAAUCAGCAGGAGCGCUGCUGCCACAACCGGCUCCACGGACAGCUGCUGCAGAUUAGAGCUGUUCUAGACAGAGCGCUCUGCACGGUCAGCGCCCCGUCAGCUGACCUGUGUGAGGUGCUGCGCAGGGUGGACGCCUCGCUGUGGCUGGUGACUCGGGCUCAGCGCUGCCCCCUAGUGAGGGCGGCGUACCUCAGCGUGGCGGACGCUUUGAGAAGAUUCUGCUGCGAGGUCUUCCUGUCGAAGCUCGGUGACACGCUCACGCUUGAGCUCCAGACGCCUCAGCAGGAGCUGCAGGUCGGGUUGUCAUCCUUCCACCAGCAAGCCAUCCGUUUUCUGUGCGCGGACCCGACAUGGGCACACCAAAUCUGGGACUACUUCUCUGCAGCGAGCCCCGACCUGAGGCUGUCGCUGGUCACGUGGGUGGUGGAGGGGCGGUGUUUGCAACGGGGCAGCUUGACAGCGGUCGUCCAGCGGGUGCUGAAGUCGAACCUGAAGGAGGCGUUGUUGAGCCGCAGUGUGGAGUACCGCAGGACCUACCUCACAGCCCUGGCAGCAGUGAUGGGCACUGACGGUGAUUCGGCUUCCUUACUCCAACAUCUGGAGGAGCCGGUUCUGCCCGAGUGUCUGGAUUUGUUGCUCAGGGACCUGGAGGACGAGCGAGGCGGCCCAGAGUUUCUGUCGCAGGCUCUGCAUGUGGCGAGUCUGCUGCUUUCCCAGUGGCCUGACUCCAGUCCAAAGACAUCUGUGGUCCAGCGGUGGUGCAGCGUCCUGGAGUGCCAGCGGUCCCCAGACGCUCCCGAGGUGCUGAGGAUGGCGUGUGCUGAAGCUUUGUGUGUGGCUGGAGUCCCACUGAUGAGAGAGCGACACACUGCCAUCAUGAGCAGGUUGAUCGACACAGGCCUGCACUUGCUGCAGGACCAGAGCCAGCAGGUGAGGAUGAGGGCGGCAUGUUUUACCUCCACGCUCCACCACGCGAGAGGAGGAGGAGGAGGAGGAGGAGGAGGAGGAGGAGGAGGAGGAGGAGGAGGAGGAGGAGCGAGCCGGAGGAGCGUCUACCUCAUGCAGGUCAACCAGGCCCUGCCGCUCCUGCUGGACCUGCUGCUGCAGGAGUGCCGGGACAGUCCGGGCUCACUGGAGGUGCUGCUGGGUCACCUGCCUCAGCCUGACCUCAGAUCUGUGCUGAAGGAGGCCUCAGAGACGGGGUGUUCCAGCCUGUAUGAGCAGGAUGAGGCCAAUGUGUUUGCAGAGCCCUCUGUGAUGUCUGCACAUGUGCUGCCGUACCUGCUGCAGAUGGCGGAAAAAUCCUCUGAAUCCGCUGCCUUGGCACGGCGCCUGAGCGUGUGGGCUGAGGAGAGCGCUGCACAGGUGCAGGACGGCCUCGCAGUCUGUAAAGAGCUCCAGUCAGCUGAGGUGUUGACCCCGGCCUGGCUCGCUCUCCUCACGGACCCCCGUCUCCACAGCACCCUGUGCGGCCUGUUCACCCGGGCGGCCUUCCUCCUCCGGCUGGUGCAAACGUCCGAUGAUGUGCGACACCUUUCAUGUGAUCUUUCACUCCUGCGCAUGACUCUACAGGAAAGUUAUAGGCUUCUCGGUCAGAACGGUGUCCACUUUCCCUCUGUGCUAACAGCUGCUGUGACUGGAGAGCUGCCAGCGUGACGGAGUGGAGGGUUUUUCUCUGUUGGCCGAUCAGACGCAGGAUGAAAUUACCGCUGGAUAUUCAAGGAAUGCUUAUGCCGUCUAAAUGUGCAGCGAUAGUCUUGAAUGAGUGAUGCAUCUGCUGAUGCUGCAGGACACCGGGACCUGGCAGGAGGACUUAGUUAUGUAAGAGCUCAGAGCUUCAGCCUGUUGGAUCCAUCAUCAUAUAACCUGUGCAGGGAGGAGACCAGCUGGGCUUCACUGAAGCAAAACAGCUUUCCUUCAUGAGCUCUAGGGGCCAGUUUUUACUAAAAAAAUCAUUUUAAAUUUUUUGUAAUUUAAUACUUUUUGAUGUUUAUACAUUCUUAGAAUAAAGCCUGAUUAUGCAGAGACCUCAGGUUCGUCUUUAUGGCCGCUGUCACGCUGAAGCUGCAGUUUGUUUGUCACGUCUCGGCCGCAGCAGUCGCCGGGCGCAGACCGAUGCAGUGAUGUAAUGCAGCGGCAUCAGGUGAAAUUAGCUGCUUGGUGCCCAGCGGGGGAAUAUCGUGUAUGCUUUAAUGCUCCAUUAGAGCCCUUCUGCCUGGAUAAGUGUCCAUUUUCCAACCACACGAGGGCUGAAGAUGAUUGACUGGGUCUGAUAGAGAGCCAUCAGCUGACCACACACACUCCAGCAGUCUUACAUCAUCGCUCGGCCCACUGCUUUUGUUUGGGAUGGCGGCUUUCAGCGGCAGACAAACACUCAGAGAAACGACUCUGUACGUGCUGUGGUUGGUCUGUAAUGCAACUGGUUUUUCAAAGAGCUGAUUCAAUUGUCAGAAUGUCAUCAUAUAAUUUAUUUACAAAGUACAGCCAAAGUUUUCAAGUGUAUUUUUUUUACUGUUUCACACACAUGUAUGCAUCAGCCAAGCCUUCCAUUGUGCCUGACUGUGAGCAUCUAGAUUAUGCAACGAGCUCGUAUUAAUGAUUCAUACGUGAAGCUUACGCAGUGAUUCCCUACGACCACGCCAAAAUUAACACCUGGUGUUCAGAGCUCUGUGAGAUUAACGCGCACCUCAGAGGAAGCUGCAGGUGCUUCUUGUCAUGUUCUUGACGCAUUCUGCGGCAGAACAUGACGCACACAGCAGGGUUAUGCCAGAUAGUGGAAGUGGAGCAGGGCUGCAGCAUCCAUGUUUUUUAAAAAUAAAACCUUGAACGAUCUUAUCGAGAAUUCUGGCCAAGGUUGAAUCAUAAUGAAAGUGUCACACGUGCAUUUAAGUUUCAAAAAGUCAGGUGUAGUUUGAGACAAAACUCCGCAGCAAAGACACAAACAGGGUCUUGAACUUUGCUCUACUUCAAGACAGAGGAGGGAAAAAAUGUGGCAGGGUUGUGGCAGCUUGUCUCUGCGCCUGAACACAGAGGCAGGACGUGUUCACCUGAAAAUUCAUGAUUCAGUCAGAUAAUUAAUCUACUCGCUCCCAUGCAGCAGAGAGUAAGUUGUUCACAAAACAUUUCUGGAGCUUCACAUUAAAACAGCUCUGCAGCCUUCUCGUCGUCAGCUGAAGUAGGUUGGGGAAACAAGUAGAUAAUGGCUGAAGCUUCAUUUUUGGGUGAACUGUUCCUUUUAAUUUUAAUGAGAAAACACACAUAAGUUCAACUCAACAAAGAACAAGGUUGGUGUUCUCCUGAAGGCAGAUCGUGUAUGAACCUGGAAAACAACCGUCUGCUUUAAUAAAAGCUUUUGUUGUUGUUGCUCAGAGUGCAGAGCCGCUCAGAGAGCCGGCGUCCUGCUAAUGAAAUGUUUAACUAUGGCAACAGGGAACAAGGCCAAGUAGGUCCAACCACUUUAGUGUGUGUGUGUGUGUGUGUGUGUGUGUGUGUGUGUGUGUGUGUGUGUGUGUGUGUGUGUGUGUGUGUGUGUGUGUGUGUGUGUGUGUGUGUGUGCGCGCAGCACUCAGAGCUCGGCUGUGUUUUUCCACUGCAGCAGCCGCUGAUGUUUACUGGAUGUGUGAAAGAAUGAAUUGUACAUUUAAAGAGCUGACCGUGCUGAUUGUAAUAAAGGAAACUACCGA